AUGGAUGGUGAGAAAGCAAGGUCUAAAGCAAUCAAAUUGUACCUAGAUUCACAAAAUCUGCAAACUGAAGACAAUGCAGGUACUUGGGACAUUGAUAUCCCCAGAGUAAACAUUACAUAUAAUACCGACGUUGCUCCAAUAGAGGAAUGGUUUGUAAAAUUCAGAAUGCAUCAUGGAUUAAAUAUGUUUACCACAGAAGGAACAUUACUGGAUAUUCUCAGAGAACCAAUUCUUCAGUGGGAACUUGGUGAAAAAAUAACCCCUGAAGGCCUUGAUGCUGUGAUACCUCAUGUAAUGAAUAUCACAUUGUCAGAAUCUCCUUGUGCUAAUGAUGUGGCAGUUAUUGCUCUCAUCUGUAAUGCUACAGCUCGAGGUGUAUAUGUAGGCAUUACCGACUCUGGAUUUGCGUAUGACAAAACAAAGUGGUUCAAUAUGACAAACAACCUGUGUCCCGAAUGGGAGGAUGUCUGCGAUGGCCUGUCACUUCUGAAUAUAAUCUUAACGAAUCACCGUUUAGUAGUGCUCACAACAAUGGGCUUAUUUAUCAGUGAAGACCUAUGCCAUCCUACUGGAAAAAUCCUAAAAUUCACUAACGUGACCUUUUGUGGCUUUGAAAUGAUGUCAACCUGCUUUUAUAGUUAUGAUCCCUUCCAUAAUUGGUCAAGUUGCCUUCUGCGAAGAUUCUAUGGCAAAAAGAGAUUUUCCAAAAAACCAAUAGCAUUUCUGAUUGAUUAUCAGCAGAAUACAGGAGUCGGUAUUUAUAAGAUUCAGAAAAAGUCAAUGGUUGCUGUUUACAAGAUAAGAAAUCGCAGACUGCAAAAGAAUACAAAAUUUCCAAUGUUUGAAUUUCCAAACACUAGUUUUUUGCCAUGUGGAAUGUUUUUCCACCCAGAAACUCAUUUUCUGUAUGUUUAUGGAAAUGAGGUGUGGUUAUCCAGUGAUGGAGGCAAUUCUUUUCACUUAUUAAUCAGUCUGGAAAAUGAAAAAAUUGUAAAAACAAAGACGUGUGUGUACACUCAUUCAGUUGCAUUUGUGAGUGAUAAGGGAAGCAUUUUCUUCAGUAAGGCGGGUAAAGAUGGAUUUAGAAUCACUGAUGUGGAAAAGACAGUGGUGAUUCCAGGGAGCAGCAGCUUCCUAAUCAUGGCCGUUCUGGACAAUCAGACUGCAAUAGCAGAGCCCACCAUGCCUAACAAGGUGCCUUUCAACAUAAGCUUUCCAUCCAAGCAAUGGUUCAUGCAUAACUUUGGUACUAUAAAUGGAAAAAAAUGGGACCUGAAGUUAGACACAUGCAGAUAUUCAAUACAAGAGCAUAACCAUAUAGCAAAGAAUGCCAUUAAAUACUUGGAUCUGGACACAACUUACAAUUUCAUGUUCAGAGUAACCCCUCAAUAUACAGCCUAUCCAAUGUUUCAAAUGCGACUAAUAAGCCUUGUCAUUGGCAAUCCAUCACUACUGGAAGUGACUACAAAAGAGUACUGGGAUGAAAUUGAUAGUUACAUACUGGAAUUCUCUGUUUCCAACAAAUUUUACAAGCAAGGUAAAUCUUCAAUAGCUGUGAUUAUCCCAGAGGCAUCAUGUAUUUGUGAAACAUCAGCAUAUAUUAUAACACUGAAGACUGGCUGCUUAUAUGGGAAAUCAAUUCAUUACAUUUCUCCAGUUCCAGUGACUGCUGAGCUGUGGCUACAGAAAGCUCCAAAAGAUGAAAAUGGUUUUCUUAUCCUAAAAGAAUUGCCGGUAAACUACAGACCUCCAUCUGUACAUGGAAUAGCUAUUCCAAUCAGUGAUAACUUUUAUAAUGCAGAUCCCAGCAAACCAAGAAUGAGAAACUAUUUUAAGAUUUCAAAAGAUUCUGGAUUCUACAAGAAGUGUGCUAACAAGUCAUCUAGAGCUGAAUGCAACUGUACCUUGGCUGAGAAAAUGUCUUCACUUGCAGCUUUCUCAGACUGUACAGAGAAGGUUCUAAGAAUGAGGUAUCCAGUUACAAAGCUUCCAAUCCAUUUCAACCUUAAGCAUUCGAAUUCUAUUAAAAAUCUGUCAUUUCCUUAUUUUGUCACAAUUACCGAAGUCAACCAAAGGACAAACUGGGAAGUCAAAGGUAUCAAUGAAACAUCAGGCAUAUUAAAAAUAAGAUUCUAUUUAACAAAAAAGCUCCACACUACUGUGUAUAGUCCAGAUUCUCUGAUCUUAAACUUACAUGGAUCUGAGCUUUUCCAUUUCAAGGUAUCAACUGUUCCUGGAGUUUCCCACUGUAACUUAUCUGAUGAAUUUCAGAUUUAUGUUGAUGAUGCUCCACUGGCCUUUCCAGGACAAUAUCUUAUUAGUGCAUUAACAGCUUUAUUAAUAGGGAGCAUUAUCUUUGUGGCAUUUCUUAUACAACUAUAUGAUAUAAAUGUAUGGGAUGAAGCAAAACAUAAAUUUGGACGAUUCAAUAAAGUAUCACCAUCACAGAAUUCAAAUACUGCAACUGCUACUUCUGCCUAGGUGAAGGAGCAGUGUUUUUGAAUUAGGUACAGGAAGAUACCCAAGAGGAAAAGAUUUCUUUCACUGCAUGUUUAUUGAAUCUGUUACAGAUGUUUCAUGUUAUUUUAAAAGUAGCUUCUGAUUUGAUAAUGAUAUAUUACUAACUUUCUGAGAUUUAUAUUUUACAUAUAUAACUUCUUGAUUAGAAUUUAUCAUUUCUAAAGUUUUUUUGAAAUCUCCAGAAAAUGUAUGUUCGUAAGAUCUUUUGUUAUGAAGAUUUCAGAAAACAUAAAGAAUUAUUUUCUCACCUUACUAUCUGUAGUCAGUACUAAACAUAAGUAAACAGCUAGAACCGAGGUAUACUGCUUUUCUUAUAGAUUCUGUCAUGAGUAUUUUCUCAGACAACUUCCAAUACCCAUGAAAACUGUAAAACUGCAUAAAUAAAGCCUUC